AUGUCGCCAAGUAGAAAAAACAAAGAAUACUACGCGAUCUUCAAGGGCCGUGUCGAGGAGCCCACGAUAUUCUCAUCAUGGGGACAUGCCCAUCCCCGCAUAACAGGGUAUAAAAAACCGAUAUCGAAAAGCUUCACUACCCUUCAAGCAGCCCGGAGGUAUAUGACAGAAAAGGGCGUGACCGAGCCAAGGGAGAUUAUAAAGAGUGAAGAUGAAGACACAACCCCUGUGUGUGGAAAUGGGUUCUAUGCGGUUGCGAAUGGAGACAAUCCUGGAGUCUAUCCCCUUUACCGUGGCAAAUACGGUGCUGAGAAAGAAGUCGACAAGGUGGAGGGUUCAUGUCACAAAAGGUUUAAAACGGAGGCCCAAGCGAAAGAAUUCAUUGAUGAGUGGAAAGAAACAUUCGCUGGAAUCUGGAGUGAGAUAAUAAGAGAAGCAUUGGAUGAAGGGCUCAGGCCUCGCAGCAUCGAUGCUUUUAGACCUCACGAGAUGAGGCAGACCGUUGUUUCAUUCUUACACAUGCCUGGCACAUCGACCGAUAUUGAUGAGCUCGUAAAAGAGACGGAACGGGCUUCGCUGCAAGAUGAGACUCCAAAGACAUGA